GGUAUCAAAUAGUCUCUAAUUAUGGAGUGUUGGAGUCUCUAUUUAAGGAGGGUGAUGUGUUGAAGAACAAGAGGGUUAGUUAAUUAAAUCGGCAAGAGAGAUGAUGAUAUUGGACGCAAUCCACAAGUUUCUCAACAUGGUGGCUCCGCCCUUCACCUUCUUCACCUUGCUCCUCUUCUGGCCCCCAUACCAAAUCUUCAAGCUCUUCCUCUCCCUCUUGGAUUCCACUUCCCCGGAGGACGUCUUCGGCAAGGUUGCCGUCAUCACCGGUGCUUCCUCCGGCAUUGGUGAGCAUCUUGCAUAUGAGUAUGCUCAACGGGGAGCAUCGCUAGUUCUUGCUGCAAGGAGAGAGGGUAGCCUAAACCAUGUAGCUAAUCGAGCUCGUGAGCUCGGGGCUCCAGAUGUUGUUGCAAUCCGGGCAGAUGUUUCCAUUGUAGACGAUUGUAGAAGGAUUGUUGAUCAAGCCAUAAGUCAUUUUGGACGCAUGGACCAUCUCGUCAAUAAUGCCGGGGUAACAUCAAUUUCGUUGUUUGAAGAGGUUCACGAUGUCACCUCUCUUCGAUCGGUCAUGGACAUUAAUUUCUGGGGCUCAGUUUAUAUGACUCGCUUUGCUAGCUUUCAUCUCAGAAAGACUAAUGGUAGAAUUGUCGUGAUUUCUUCAUCUGCGGCAUGGUUAUCUGCACCGAGAAUGAGCAUUUACAAUGCCAGUAAAGCAGCAAUGUCUCAGUUUUUUGAAACGCUAAGGAUUGAAUUUGGGCAUGACAUCAAAAUAACUUUGGUGACCCCUGGAUUUAUAGAGUCUGAACUAACCCAAGGAAAGCACUUAGAUAAAGAUGGCAGAUUGAGUGUUGAUGCUGAUUUGAGGGAUGAGCAAGUGAAUAUCAUUCCUAUAGGAAAGGUAGAGGGAUGUGCAAAGGCAAUCGUGAACGGUGCUUGUCGGGGAAAAAGGUACCUUACAGAGCCAGCAUGGUUCAAAGUGACACAAUGGUGGAAGGUAUUCUUCCCAGAGGUGGUCGAGUACUCACACAUGCUCCUCGUUAUGUGCUCUGCGGCAGGAAGUUCGCCCCUGGGGAAGAAAAUAUUGGGUUAUACUGGCAUCCAGAAGAUUCUGUACCCGAAAAAGGUUCGCGAGUUUGGACCAAAACUUGAGUAAAUUUGUUGUUUGUGAAGCUUUUCUAGAAUUUUUCGUAUGAUUUUGAAUAGUUGGUGUUCUUAAUUUGUUCUUGUACGUUUGGUUUGUUUGUUAAUUAGUGUGACUCCUUAAUAUUGGGGUUUACUUCAUCCGUCUUAAAUUUUCUUCUCUUUUCAGUUUAUAAUUUAGUCAAUUCGUCAACAAAGAUUACAAUUAGAU